AUCAGGGGCAUAUUUACCACAAGGCAAACAAGGCACUUGCCUAGGGCGGCAUUUUUCAGGGGGGCAGCACCUCUCCCCAGAAGAAGGGAUGGUAGAAGGGACACGCGUGCCAUGGUAACCAGGUGGGAUCAGAGAGGCUGCGGGCUGCUUGAUGGUGUAUGUAGAGCCUGACUCACUUUCCUGGAGAUGUCCGGAGCUGUGAAGUCUUUCUCUCUAUCACCGGGAAGGGGGGGGUAGUGGAAGGCUCUCCCAGAUGGGGGGCAAGGGUGUUGUUGUGUCCGUUGGGGCAGACGAUUUUUUUGUGUUGCCUAGGGC